UGACAGUUCGCCCGGGGACCUGGGGAGCAGUGCGGCAUCAAACGGCGUUUCAGUCGUGGGCAGUCGUGGGACGGGAUGCGGCUACGGUCGUCUUGAGAGAUCACGCGGGCUGGUAGAAUGACCGUACGUUGCGCGGACGCUCGUCGAAGGUAAACAUUGCAGAAACGAUGCAGAGCGCGGGUGUCAGCGAUGGGGACACGGAGCAAAGUUGGCCGGAGAAGAGGACGAUCAGAUUCCGCGCUACUGGCAAGUCCGAAACUCAUGUGUCAUCUCACGACGGGCGCGUGGAAAAUGUGGAUCCCACGCGCUGCAGGCCGCAGUUAUCCGACGGGCAAGAUGCGCAGAAGAAGAAGCAGCGGGUAUCGUUGAUGCAAUUCUUAAGGACAGAAUUAACGAGGGGUUAUCAGCUGGAGCACGAUGAGGAGAGAUUGUCCGCGAGAAGGGAGAAGGUUUACUCGUUCAUGAAAAUUCCUCGGGAGGUGGAAAAUUUUAUGACGUACGGGUUCCUUCAGUGCGCUGAUUCUUUCCUAUUUUUGUAUACGUUUUUACCGUUAAGAUUCGCAAUGGCUUUAUGGGCAGUGAUUACAAGGCCUUUACGACACUACCUAAGGAGCGAGAAAGGUCAUGCAAAAAGUACCGAGAGAUAUUUGAGAUCGGCCGAAGUGUGCGAUUUGUUAAAAGGAAUUGUAGUGCUGGGUUGCUGGGCAGCAACCUGGAAGGUGGAUACCUCCAUGAUGUACCAUUUAGUUAAGAGCCAAUCGGUUAUAAAGCUAUACAUAUUUUAUAACAUGUUAGAAGUGGGAGAUCGUCUUUUCAGCUCUUUCGGGCAAGACACUAUAGACGCCCUGCUUUGGACCGCCAACGAGCCACGAUCGCGUCACCCGAAUGAUUCUACCCGUACGAAACAUUUCGGUACAUUGCCGCAUCUCUUGUUUGCCGUCGUUUAUGUGUUUUUUCAUAGUACAUUGGUGUUACUCCAAGCGACGACGUUAAAUGUGGCGAUCAACAGUAGUAAUAAAGCGCUUCUCACAAUUAUGAUGUCCAACAAUUUUGUAGAACUGAAGGGUUCUGUCUUCAAGAAAUUUGACAAGAACAACUUGUUCCAAUUAUCUUGCGCCGACGUCAGAGAAAGAUUUCAUCUCAUUAUACUGCUCCUCGCAGUGAGUCUGCAAACGAUGAAAGAGUACGCGUGGCACAGCGAUCGUCUUGCUGUCUUGCUACCCGAUUGCGUGGCGCUAUUGUUGGCAGAAGUUGUCGUCGAUUGGGUGAAACAUGCGUUCAUCACACGUUUCAACGAGCUGCCUUCCACCGUCUACAGGGAUUAUACCGUGAGCUUGGCCUACGACAUGGCGAAGGCACGUCGAAAAAAAGCAUUCACGGAUCCCUCGGACCUAGUUGCGCAGCGAAUGGGCUUCAUACCUCUUCCUCUGGGAGUCGCCAUGGCUCGCGUACUGUGUACGACCCUGACGCCAUCCGCGAGACCCGCUAAUAUCAUACUUCUAUUAUUAGCUUAUCUUAUAUUAGUAUCUUUUCGCAUAUUGAAUAGCCUAAUCAUUCUUGGAAAGGCGUGCGACAUAAUGUCGUCACACCCGCGACCUGACAAAGAUGUUACCGCGAAGUCUCCGUCAAAGAAUCGUGCCAACAGUGUCGACAUGAAAAAUCCAAAUCUUGGCAUGGCUAUUUUCUCAAAUAGCGCCGUCAGCUUGAACAACGUCUGUUUGAACGAGGCGUUUCUGGAGCCAGAACAGACUGAGAAAAAUGAGAAGCAUCAGUGUAAUUUCGACGAGCUCACGAACGUUACGAAAACCGUGCUAAGGACAGGAAGCGAACCCCUCCUUCCGCAAUGACAAAUCUCACUAGCAUAAUUGAAAUAUAAUGAUUUUUUAUUUAUAAAUUGUACAUAUUUUGUUGUACAUAUAUGUAUACACGCACAGGUACUAUAUCGACGCUUAUUUUGCAAUAUUUGUAUAAGGCUUCUAUGUAAGAAUAAUAAAUUUGGUUACCAUUUA